AUGGCGUCCAUCAAUUCCCUCGUCAGCAGGCGAGCAGGCAAUCGUGGUGCUGUCACGAGAUUACUACCGAAAAUACAAGCUAUCAUCGACGAUCGACUCAUGGAAAAAGAACGCAAAAUUCACGAGCUGAAUAGAAAAUUGAUGGAUCUCCACAACAAAAUCAAAACUAUUGAAGCGUUGGACGAUGAAAUUCAAGGAGCCAUCGGUGAAGACGAGCUGGAGGCGGAAAUUGAUAACUCUUGUUCAGCCAACUCCAUUAUCAAGGAUGCCUUAGAUGCAGGUGAAUACGCACUCGAAGAGCUGCGAAAGGUAGCAAUCGACGAUCAGAUCGCCCUCAACGCGGUAACAGUUCCCUUGGCCCCCCACGCGCCAAUCGCUACAACAAUAGCUGUUCCUGAUUCAAGCAACCUGCCGAAAUUUAACUUGCCCGAGUUUGAUGGUUCAAUUUUACAAUGGUGUGCGUUCUGGGACGUAUUUGAAGUCGAAGUCCAUAACAAAACUAAAUACUCUGAUGCUACUAAGUUUAAUUUCCUAAACUCUCGCUUGACCGGUGAAGCCAAAGCUCUACUGAUGGGUCUCACACCUAACAACGCCAACUAUCCAAAGGCUGUAGAUCUGUUAAAAGAGCGUUUCGGACAACCGCACAAGAUCAUCAUGGCUCACAUGCGCGCUUUUUUAUCUCUACCGAAACCGGGAUUGGACAAGACAAGUUUGAGACGAUUCGUGGAUAAUCUAGAGGCAAACAUACGCGGACUUGAAGCACUAGGGAAAGGAAUGGAUUCGUAUGGUGAUUUGCUCGUUUGCAUCUUACUGGAUAAGUUAACCGCAGAUCUACGUCGCAACUUAGCAAGACAACACGGCGCGAUCGAAUGGACAUUGGAAGAACUAAGGAAUGCCAUGAAAAAAGAAAUUGAAAUUUUAGAAGACUCAACAGAUCAUUCCAUCAUUAAACAUUCAGAAUCGAACAAGCAAGCCGGUGUCAUGUUUACAAAAACAUCGCGAGUGGAAACCGAACGAAAACGAAUUAAGCAUUGCGCCUACUGUACAGGAAACCAUUUUCCCACAGACUGUAAUAAUGUAGUCACAACCGAGGAAAGAUACACUAUCGCUCGUGGUAAACAUCUAUGUUUUAACUGUCUACGAUCCCAUCAGUCAACAAACAACGAGUGUCCAUCCAAAUUUCGGUGCCGCAUAUGUCAAAAGGCUCAUCACACUAGUUUACAUUCAAACAGCCGACACGGUAAUUACACAAAUUCAUCUACGAGACCAAGGGUUGAAACAAACACUACCAUUUUAUCUUCAAAUCCCACAACCGUGGCCCUAACUGCAAACGGAUCUCGCAAUUCCUUUGCAUCACAAUCUUUCGUCUUGCUAGAAACAGCAGUUGUGCCCAUACAAGCCAAAGGUGUCACAUUAAAAGGCAAUGUUCUAAUCGACAAAGGAGCACAACGAUCGUUCAUCACUACGGAGCUCGCGAAGAAACUACAACUCAAAACGCUAUUUCGUGAAAAUCUAGUGUUAGUCGGUUUCGCUGCUGCUUCAUCUAAUGCAGAAAUCUACGAUGUCGUGCAAGUAUCAUUCAGAGACAUCAAUGGCUGUCCCAUUGACAUACAAGCUAUCGUCAUCAAUCACAUAGUCGAUCCACUGGAUGACCCUCAUAGGGCCUUAAUCGGAAACCUACCUCAUCUGCGAAAUUUGCAACUCGCACAUCCAGCAUCAAUGGAAUCUCAGUUCCGAAUCGACAUCCUCAUAGGAGCAGAUUAUUAUUGGGACAUCGUUAGCGACAAGAUAGUGCGUGGGCAAGGCCCCACAGCUGUAAGCUCGAAGCUCGGAUAUCUCUUAUCUGGUUGCGUAUCGAACCUACACGUAAACAACUCUGAUCAAACGGCAAUGCUAAACGUGUCCGUGGAAGAAAAAUUUGACAUUUCGAGACUUUGGGAUCUAGAAAUGCUGGGUAUUCAACCAGAAACAGAAGCCAUGGACAUCACCAGUGAGUAUCAGAACAACUGCAUCGAAUUCAAACAAAACAAAUAUCAAGCUCGUCUGCCAUGGAAGACAGAUCAUCCUACUCUCUCAUCCAAUCAAUUCGUAUGCGAACGCCGAACUCGUAGCAUGAUAAAGCGACUUGGGAAAACGCCUAGCAACUUACAAUUAUAUGAUUCCACUAUCCAACAACAACUGGCAAACGAAUUUAUUGAAAAGGUACCGCAUCACGAAAUCAACAUCAAGAGCGGAUGUCACUACGUACCACAUCAUGGAGUAAUCAAAGAAUCAACAACAACUCCUCUCAGAAUUGUUUACGAUUGCUCCUGCAAGACUUACAAGGGUGUCAGCUUAAAUGAUUGCUUGAACGUUGGACCUUCUCUACAAAACAACAUGUUAGAAAUCCUUCUACGUUUUCGAACACACAACAUCGGUCUCGUCGCUGAUAUCGAGAAAGCGUAUCAUCAGAUACUACUACACGAAGCAGAUCGAGAUUUUCUCAGAUUCUUUUGGAUCAAGGAUGGAAAGGACCCAAAUUCAGAGUUCGAAACCUAUCGUUUUCGAGUAAUACCAUUUGGAGCAAGUAGUUCGCCAUUCAUUUUGCUGUCGGUGAUCAAAAAGCACUUGGCAGAAUCCUCAUCUAAAAUCGCCAUUGACAUGGAUCAAAACAUUUACGUAGACAACUUAAUUUCCGGAUGCGAAACAGAAAAGGAAGCUCAUCAAUACUACAAUCAAGCAAACGCCAUUAUGAAACAAGCAGGCCUGAAACUACAAGAGUGGGCAACAAACAACAGAGCGGUACAAACAACAAUCAACCUCGACGAUGAAAGAGACAAGAAUUCCUUCAUCAAAAUCCUUGGGUUAAGAUGGUCUCGAUCAAAUGACACACUCAUGUUACCGAAGUUCUACUUGACCACUCCAAAUGCUACAACCGUAACGAAAAGAAUCGUUCUUCGUAAAAUUUCAACUGUUUACGACCCGAUGGGUUUCAUCUCACCAUUAACAAUCUCUGCACGGAUCCUGAUUCAAGAAAUUUGGAAAUUGAAACUACAGUGGGAUGAUCCGUUGUCGCCAGAGAUGCAGGAACGGUGGAAUGGAAUCACGCAAGCCAUCGAAAAAUCGAAUACCGAAGUUCCAAGAACCUACCUCACCACCGAUUCGAUAAUCCUUAAUUUCCUUUUUUCCUGA